AUGCCGCGGGCGUCGGACCUGCAGAGCUCCUCCAGCUCCUCAAAGGACCCCUCCCUCGACGACGUCGUGCUCGUGCGGCUCCCGGCCCGGAGCGGCGCGAGCCGCGCGGCGACGUCCGUCUUCGAGAUCCAGAACGUGCUCUCCCCGGACGCCUGCCCCCGCGCAGGUCGAACGACGGACCGCGGCGUCAGCCUGCCGACGCAGGACGUCAUGGUCAGCAGCCUGCCCCAGCAGUCGCAGGACGAGAUCCGCAACGCGCUCGAGCUGACCGCGCGGAGGGUCUCCAUGGAGCUCACGGGCGUCACCCUCGAGUUCACCAUGUCGCGGGCCUUCGUCAUCGUCUACGACGCCGCGCGCCAAAAGGGCCUCAAGAAGCACACGGACGGCCGCAAGGAGGGCGCGACGCUGCUCCUGCUCAUCUCCAAGCCGAACCGCGACUUCGAGGGCGGCGGGACGCGCUUCUUUCCCUCGGUCCUCGAGUCGUCCUUCGACGCGAAGCCCGCGCUCGGCAGCACGAUCGUCUUCCCCUCGGACACGCUCCAGCACGAGGGCAUCCCCAUCAAGCGCGGCCGGCGCCUCCUCGUCUGCGUCUUCGCGACCAAGAAGAAGAUCGGCGGCGGCGCGCUCGGCCCCGGCGACUCCAAGGCCAUCGACACCAUCCAGCCCGCGAGCUCGACGCACGAGAAGGCCUCCAGCCACGGCAAGAGCAAAUACGGCAUGAUGAACGACGACCAGGUCCUCUCGCAGGAGUGCGCGUGCACGAUCUCCUGA